UUGUUUCAUUUUAGGUAUUUGUUUACCUCAAUUCAUUCAUGUGUUUUUUAUGUUAAUCUUUUUUACCAAUUGUUAUUUUUCAACUAAAUAGUUUGUUUCAACCAUGGCAAUGUUGCCAAAUGUUCCACAUCCUGGAGCACUCGUCUCUAAAAAGAAGAAAGCAUUCAUAGGUUUACCAGCUCCUUUGGGUUAUGUUGCUGGAGUUGGUCGUGGUGCUACCGGAUUUACGACUAGAUCUGAUAUUGGUCCUGCUCGAGACCCAUCGGAUGUCCCUGAUGAUCGCCAUUUGCCUCCUAAGAAGUUUAAAAAGCCAAAUUCUUCAGGGAAAUUUGAAGAAGAAGAGGAAGAAGAGGAAGAUCUGAACGAAUCAAAUUAUGAUGAAUUUGCUGGUUACGGUGGAUCAUUGUUUAGUAAAGAUCCUUAUGAUAAAGAUGAUGAAGAAGCCGAUGCUAUUUAUGAGUCGGUUGAUAAGAGAAUGGAUGAAAAACGCAAAGACUAUAGGGAAAAUAAACUGAGAAAAGAACUGGAAAAAUAUCGUCAAGAAAGACCCAAAAUUCAACAACAAUUCAGUGACUUGAAAAGGGAACUUGCUGUACUCUCGGAAGAGGAAUGGAUGAAAAUUCCUGAAGUUGGUGAUUCCAGAAAUAAGAAACUACGUAAUCCUCGCGCCGAGAAAUUUACACCUUUACCUGAUUCUGUAUUAGCUCAUAAAGCUAGCUUAGCUGGUCCUGAUAAUAUUUCUAUUGAUCCUAAUACUGGUAUGGUUACACCUAUGUCUUCUGGCAUUGCCACUGGUCUCACUACUCCUGGAGACUUAGACUUAAGAAAAAUCGGACAGGCUCGUAACACUUUAAUGGACAUUAGAUUAAACCAAGUUUCUGAUUCAGUGACUGGCCAAACCGUUGUCGAUCCCAAAGGUUAUUUAACUGAUCUUCAAUCUAUGAUACCUACUCACGGUUCUGAUAUAAAUGAUAUAAAGAAAGCUCGUCUUUUGUUAAAAUCCGUUCGAGAAACCAAUCCUAACCAUCCACCUGCUUGGAUUGCUUCGGCACGUUUAGAAGAAGUCACAGGUAAAUUGCAAACUGCCAGAAGUCUUAUAUUACAAGGCUGUGAAAUGUGUCCCAAAUCUGAAGAUGUUUGGUUAGAAGCUGCUCGUCUUCAGCCUCCUGAUCUAGCUAGAGCUCUUAUUACUAAAGCUGUUAGACAAUUGCCCCAGUCAGUUCGAAUUUGGAUAAAAGCAGCUGAUCUCGAGGUAGAACUGAAAGCCAAGAAAAAAGUUUUCCGAAAAGGUCUGGAACAUAUACCUGGUUCAGUUAGACUGUGGAAAGCUGCUGUUGAGCUUGAGGAGCCGGAAGAUGCAAAAAUUCUUUUAAGUAGAGCUGUCGAAUGUUGUCCUACGUCUGUUGAUCUUUGGUUAGCUCUUGCUCGAUUAGAAAACUACGAAAAUGCAAGAAAAGUAUUGAAUAAAGCCAGAGAAAAUAUUCCAACCGAUAGACAAAUCUGGAUAACGGCUGCUAAACUUGAGGAGGCUUAUGGUAAAGAGGUUGCUGCUGAAGCUAUCAUUGGCAAAGCAUUAAGAUCACUGGCUGCUAAUGGAGUUGAAAUCAAUAGAGAGCAUUGGAUGAAUGAUGCCAUUGAUACUGAAAAAUCAGGAUCAAUUAAAACUUGUCGUGCUAUAAUUAAGUCUAUCGCCCAUAUUGGUGUAGAAGAUGAAGACAAAAAACAUACUUGGAUGGAAGAUGCAGAAAAUUUUGCUAAUCAAGGUGCUUGUGAAUGUGCACGAGCUAUUUUCGAAAUUGCAAUUAAAACUUUCCCUAUGAAAAAAAGUGUUUGGCUUCGUGCUGCUUACUUUGAGAAUCAUGGAACAAGAGAAACUUUGGAAAAACUUUUGGCUGAAGCUGUCAAGACCUGUCCUAGAGCUGAAAUAUUAUGGCUUAUGUUAGCUAAGAGUAAAUGGCUAGCUAAAGAUAUUGAAGGAGCCCGGCAAACGCUUUCCGAUGCAUUCAAGGCAAAUCCUAAUUCCGAAGAGAUUUGGUUAGCUGCUGUGAAACUUGAAUCUGAAUUGUCUGAAUAUUCAGGUGCCAGAAAGCUUCUAACUAAAGCUCGUGCUUCUGCUCCUUCAGCUAGAGUUUUCAUGAAAUCGGCUAAACUCGAGUGGGCUUUAGGUCAAAAUGAAGACGCACUCAAGCUAUUAAAUGAAGGAGUAAAAGAUUACCCGACAUACCCUAAACUUUGGAUGAUGAUUGGACAAAUUGCCCAAAGUGAAAGCAAAUUUGACGAUGCUCGUCUGGCCUAUCAACAGGGAAUCAAAUUUAAUCCAACUUCGAUUCCUCUUUGGCUGUUACUUUCUCGACUUGAAGAGAGUUGUGGUACUUUGGUCAAAGCGCGGUCAGUUAUGGAAAAGGCUCGUCUUAAAAAUCCUAAAAAUGAUCAACUUUGGCUUGAAGCAAUUAGGAUUGAAGUGAGAGGUAGUCCAAGUGGGAAAGAUGUUGCUAUGGUCAUGAUGGCUAAAGCUUUACAAGAAUGUCCAAACUCUGGAAUUUUAUGGGCUGAAGCUAUUUUCAUGGAAAAUCGACCUCAAAGAAGAAGUCGUUCUUAUGACGCUCUAAAAAGAUGUGAACAUGAUCCUCAUGUAUUGUUAGCUGCCACUAAACUUCUUUGGGUAGAAAGAAAAUUGCCUAAAACAAGAGAAUGGUUUCAUCAAACUAUCAAAGUUGAUCCUGAUUUUGGUGAUGCUUGGGGAUAUUUCUAUAAAUUUGAAUUGAUGCACGGAACUGAAGCUCAACAACAAGAAGUUAAAAAUAAAUGUGUUGACACUGAACCUCGUCAUGGAGAAAAUUGGUGCAAAAUAUCUAAGGAUAUAAAAAAUUGGAAACUGAAAACAGACGAAAUUCUUGCUUUACUUGCUCAUAAUUUACCGAUUCCCACAUAAGACAUACUAACACUUGAAAAUUUUGAACACGUGAAAAUACUCACAAAUUUUAUUGUCAGAAUGAACAAAUGAAAAGCAUUACAAUAUUGAUUAAAAGUUGAAAAUUCA